AUGCUCGGGGAAAGCGACCGGUUCCCGACGUCCUUCGGCUCGUCCCUCCCCGGCGGCGCCUUGCGGACCGGAGGCUCCUUGCGGUUCCCACCACUCCCCGCCGCCUGCGGGCUCCUCGCGACCCUCCGAGACCCGGGAGGGGAAAAAAAAUCUUCCCCACGCCGGGAGUCCUCCACGCCAGCAUGGGUCCCACGCAGACAGCUGGCGCCAGCCUUUGGGGACACACGCCGAGACAGACACGCGGGCCCCGCGACGGAGGCUCCGCUGCAGCCCGCGCCCCGGGCUGGGGGAGGCCCCGGGCGGGUCGGGCGCGUCGGGCGCUCAGGUCCCCUCUUGCUACCCCCAAAUCUCGCGGGUUCGCAGGAGGCUGUGCUGGUUGGAAACCAGCCGCCGCCGCCACCUUCCGAGAGGCCGAUCGGGUAA